AGUUUGUGGUCUAAUGCAUUUUGCUCAUUUGUAAUUUUCUUUUCUUUCCCUUUUUAUCUUACCAUUCAUCACAUCUUUUCAUUUUCUGUUCAGUUAAAAAGUUAGAAUAUGUAUUGUCAUGUCUGUUGUAUUUCAUUUUUGUGGAGGAGAUGAACCAGAGAUGAACCAGAGAGAUGAAAAUGGGGUAAAUGAGAUGCUUUCGCUUUGCCAGGUUCCGUCUGCUCUUGUUUGUCAAUAAAGUUUGUCUUGAAGCCAGCCAACAUGGCGGACUACGACCUGACAACCAGAAUAGCUCAUUUUCUGGACCGGCACCUGGUGUUUCCUCUUCUGGAGUUCCUUUCUGUGAAAGAGAUCUACAAUGAAAAGGAACUCCUCCAGGGGAAGCUGGACCUCCUCAGUGAGACCAACAUGGUGGAUUUCGCCAUGGAUGUGUACAAAAACCUGUACCCGGACAAGGAAAUCCCACACUCUCUGAGAGAGAAGAGGAGUACAGUGGUGGCCCAGCUGAAGCAGCUCCAGUCAGAGACGGAGCCAAUUGUGAAGAUGUUUGAAGACCCGGAGACGACUCGACAGAUGCAGUCCACGAGAGAUGGGAGGAUGCUCUUCGACUAUCUUUCAGAGAAACACAAUUUCCGACAAGAAUACCUGGACACACUGUACAGGUACGCCAAAUUCCAGUACGAGUGCGGUAACUACUCUGGGGCUGCAGAAUACCUCUACUUCUUCCGUGUCCUGGUUCCCUCAACAGACAGGAAUGCCUUGAGCUCUCUGUGGGGGAAACUGGCCUCUGAGAUCCUGAUGCAGAACUGGGAAGCAGCCAUGGAGGAUCUGACUCGACUAAGGGAGACUAUUGAUAACAAUUCUGUGAGUUCUCCUCUCCAGUCACUCCAGCAGAGGACCUGGCUCAUCCACUGGUCCCUCUUUGUGUUCUUCAACCAUCCUAAAGGCAGGGACAACAUCAUCGAGCUCUUCCUCUAUCAGCCCCAGUACCUGAAUGCCAUCCAGACAAUGUGCCCACACAUCCUGAGAUACCUUACAACCGCAGUCAUCACCAACAAAGACGUACGAAAGCGCAGACAAGUGCUCAAGGACUUGGUGAAAGUCAUUCAACAGGAGUCGUACACAUACAAGGACCCAAUCACAGAGUUUGUGGAGUGUCUCUACGUGAACUUUGACUUUGACAGCGCCCAGAAGAAGCUGAGAGAGUGCGAGUCGGUUCUUGUGAAUGACUUCUUCCUGGUCGCUUGCCUCGAGGAUUUCAUCGAGAAUGCCCGUCUCUUCAUCUUUGAGACAUUUUGUCGGAUUCAUCAGUGCAUCAGCAUCAGCAUGCUGGCAGACAAGCUCAACAUGACGCCGGAGGAGGCGGAGAGGUGGAUCGUCAACCUCAUCCGUAACGCCAGACUCGAUGCCAAGAUCGACUCCAAACUGGGUCAUGUGGUGAUGGGCAACAACGCAGUGUCGCCGUACCAGCAGGUGAUCGAGAAGACCAAGAGCCUGUCCUUCCGUAGCCAGAUGUUGGCAAUGAACAUAGAGAAGAAAGUGGCCCAUAGCAACAGGAACGAGACACCAAACUGGGCUGCUCAAGACUCCGGCUUCUAUUAAAAUGGAAAUCAGCUUCAAGAGGAUGCAGAUGGCUUCUAACGGAUAUUAUUUAGACUUUUUAUCGAAUUUAUUUAUUUAUUUAUUUAUUUAUUUAUCAUGUUAGCAACUAUUGUUAUUUAACUGGCAGCUUAACUUUCUGCAGUAAAAAAUGUCCAAGACGAGGCAGCAUGGCUUGAUUAAGGUAUUAUUUAUUUAGUGGACAUUCUCUUCAUCAUAAUUUAUUUGUAAUCUGGUACAAAGUCUUUAUUUCACAAUUAUUCACCCAAACUUUGGAAGUAACAAUCCAACCAGAAAUAUCAUAAAUUAACAUUAAACAUGUUUUUUGCCUCCGUA